AUGGAAUUUGAACCAAUCCCUGUCAAAAUAUUCAGAGACAUAUCCACAACAGUGCAGACUUGUCUGUGGACGGCAUUCCUCAAUGGCAAGGAUGCUCACUCUAUCCUGAAGCGUUUCCCUCGAGCCAAUGGAUACCUGGAGGAGCUGAGACAGGGAAACAUUGAGAGGGAGUGUGGCGAGGAGAGCUGCAGCUUUGAAGAGGCCAAUGAAGUGUUUGAGAACAAAGAGAGAACGAUGGAGUUUUGGAAAACUCGCAGUGCCUACACAGUGAGCAGCAACGGCGAAGGGCGCUCGGAGCGUGCCGACACCGUCUACAUGGUGGUUCCUCUGCUGGGCGUGGCCCUGCUCAUCAUCAUCGGCCUCUUCCUCCUUUGGAGGUGCCAGCUUCAGAAGGCCACCCGUCGGCGGCCUGCUUACACUCAGAACCGCUACUUGGCCAACAACCGCAGCGCCCGCAGCCUACCGCGUAUCCUGGUUUAUCGGGAAACACUGGCCCACGCCGAAAACUCACACCAGGAGUCCAGCUCGCAUCCCACCGUGGUAGUAAGUGGUGCUGAGAGAGGAGGAGAUUUCCAGUUGGAAUCCCGUGGCCUCCACCAGCAGAACUCUCAUGCCCUCUAUGUCCAGGACUCCUCCGUGUCUGUGGCCUCACGGCUAUCCGGUGCCACGCCACCUCCAUCUUAUGAAGAGGUGACAGGACACCUGGAGAGCAGUGGUGAUGAAACCUCGGCACCUUCCUACAGUGACCCCCCUCCCAAAUAUGAGGAAAUUAUAAAGGAGAAAUGA